AUGCAGCUGCGCUGGAGCGGCCACCUGGUGCGCAUGGACGACGAGCGACUACCCAAACGACUCUUCUACGGAGACGUCGCGACGGGUUCUCGUCGUCAAGGAGACCAAAUUCGCCGUUACAAGGAUACUCUGAAGUCCUCCCUGAAGCGUCUGCAAAUCAACCCGACCAACUGGGAAGAUCUCGCCCGCGAUCGUCCGACAUGGAGGAGAACAGUGAAGACAGGCGCUGCCAUCUACGAAGCCAACCGAAUCGCCGCCGCCAAAGUGAAACGAGAAGCCCGAAAAUCACAACUUCGCCCAGUCCGCAACGCCGCCGCACAACCUCUCCAUACGUGUCCUCGAUGUCAACGGACAUUCCGGGCUCGAAUCGGACUUGUUGGACAUCUUCGAACCAACUGUGCCUCUCGAACUGCACCAACCAUCGUCCCCACGCCCGCCUCUUCUUCCCCUCCGCCGCAAAAUAACUCUGAUAAAUCUUCUGUACCACCACUUCCACCCAUCGCAUGGGUCUAUUCGGCCGAAUGCGCAUCCAUGAGAGCGGCAUUGACCGCAGCCUUGACACACCCACAACGUUAGGCCCCACUCCCAGUUCAUCACCUUGUGCACCCACCGACCUCUCCGCAACCGCCGUCGAUGCCACCGACUUUUCCACCCUUCACUCCUCCCCUUCCUCCUCCUCUUCCUCCUUCACUGCCACAACGACGGCCGCCUCGGCGUCUGUCGCCCAUGACUUCACCACAGCCGCACUUGACACAACAACAGGCACAAGCCGUGCAACCUCCAUCAUCAGACGUGAGGGCCAGGACUACAUCUGCCCUCACUGCGAUCGCACCUUCACUUCAUGCAUCGGCCUGGUCGGUCACUUGGGAAUCCAUCGCACAGAGACUGGCGAACCAGUGCCUGGAGCACCAACCUACACCCACCGCACUCGCCUCCACUGUCCACACUGCACUCGCACCUUCACACACCGCAUGGGUAUAUUCGGCCACAUGCGCAUCCACGGGAGCGGAAUUGACCACAAUUCCGAUACACCAACCACGCCCGUCAUGCCCAGCACCACCCUCGCACCAUCAGUCUGCACCACCACCGACGCCUCCUCUGUAGCUGACACUGACAACGCCGCCUUCACAUGCCCACACUGUCCACGCACAUUCACCUCACGCAUCGGCCUGGUCAGUCACUUGCGAAUCCAUCGCACAGAGACUGGCGAACCAGUGCCUGGAGCACCAACCUACACCCACCGCACUCGCCUCCACUGCCCACACUGCACUCGCACCUUCACGCAUCGCAUGGGUCUAUUCGGCCACAUGCGUAUCCACGACGACCUGCGGUAG